CCACGCCAAGCUGGGUCGAGAUAGAUAUAAGCUGCAUUUGCCUUCGACCGGGGCCCGCAACCUCGCACACUCCAGCGAUAAAAGCCGCUUCAGUCCAGCCUGUCCUCUCCACAGUCACCCGCAACCAUGCAAAUCUCCCAGGGAUCCGGUGCCCCCACCCGCCGCCUCUCGACAUGUCCCUCCGACACCCUCAAACCCGCCGACGCCCUCAAGCAGGCCGAGAUCGCCACUCUGUGUGAAAACGACGAUGUGUGCACCCUGCCUCCCACCCGCGUCCAGCCGCUCAAGAAACGGUGGUCGAUCGCCAUCCUCUCGGAGAAGCUGGCGGCCCUCAAGUCCAGCGACCCAAGCUCGACCAAAACCGCCGCCGAAACGAACUCGUCAAACAGGCUUUCAGCCAUCCAAGCUCCAGCGGACAUCCGUGUCUCGAGAGUCACGCCGAUAGAACACAGCCUCAAAGCCUCCAAGGCGGGACUGCAGCGAUGGGAACCCGAGACCAACUCGGACCGCACUUGCUACCAGCUGCACGAGGUCAUCGGCACCGGCACCUUUGCCCAGGUCCAUCGGGCAACCGACACUCGCACCAACACCGUCGUCGCUGUCAAGGUUGCCAAAUCCGAGAAAUAUGAAGUCGCUCGAUGGAAGCGCGAGAUGUACGUCCUCUCGGCCCUCCGCGACUGCCCCAACAUCGUCACCUUCCAAGAGGCCUACACGCUGCCCAAGGCCGGUUUCUUUGGACGCAGCUCUGCGGCCAUGGUUCUGGAGUACUCAAACGUGUGCUCCUGGUCCGAGCUGGACCGCAGCAUGAACCUGCCUCGGAUCCGCAGCUACACCCGCCAGCUGUUGCAGGCUCUCGACUAUUGCCACAGCCUCGGCAUCAUGCAUCGCGACGUCAAGCCCCAGAACAUCCUAUAUGACAUCGACGCGGACAAGCUGCUGCUCGCCGACUGGGGCCAGGCCGAGUUCUACGAGCCUCUCAAGCGCAACUCCACCAACGGUGUCUCCUCGCUGUACUUCAAAGCCCCAGAGUUGCUCCUGGACUAUGAGCACUACGACUUUGCCGUCGACAUGUGGGCUGUCGGCUGCAUUCUUGCUGCCUUGAUGUUCCGCACCCCUUUUGUCUUCAAGGGCGAAGACCGAACCCCGGCUUCUCAGUUCCAGUCGAUCCUCCUGAUCCUGGGCGGCGAUCUGCUCGACUACUGCAGCGCCUUUGCGAUCCCCAGACACAAGGCCGAGUCGCUGGUGCCUGGCUCGCUGUCGGCAUACCAGAAGCAGUCCUGGGCCAGCUUUGUGAACGACGCAAACCGGGCCCGAGUCAGCCAACAGGGCCUGAGUCUGCUAGAGAGUCUGCUCUGCUACAACCACCGCAGCCGCUACACCGCCAGCGAGGCCCUUGUCCACCCGUUCUUUGCCGAGUCAAGCACCUCGCUGGCACUGUAGAGCAUCUUGCUGCUGUGGUCCUGCGACGCACCAAAGUGCAGCGAUUAUUCGCCUUGCGAUGCAAUGCAGUGCAAUGCACCCAUCUCUCUGUCAUUUAUUUUGCCACCGAUCUUCCAUUUGCACAAAAAACUCCAUCAUACCAGCUGUUCUCACAGCUCAUUUUGUCACGCUGCCUGUUUGCAGCAAUAAUACUCUUCUCCCACUCGAACUGCAUCCCACUCGAAUUGCAUCCCGAUGUGAUGCCCAAUAGCCACACCCUAUCCCCCCUCCUUUUUUUCUUGGACCCUGAAUACAUCCAACCUUGGUCCAUAAUUUGCGGCAAU